AUGGUAGGGUUGAGUCCGUUAAUAGUUGUUCAGUCCGUCAGAAUGGUGCACACAAAAGUUUUCUAUCAAAGCCCAGCACAUGGGCACAAAGAUAUUGUUUAUAGUGAGAAUCAUAACUAUUUGAAUCCAUACGAUUUGGCCAUAAAGACAUCUCUAGACUAUCAUCUAAGUGGUUCUAUUCUAACAGGGAAUGAGAAUCGUAAUGGGAAUAGGAAUGAGAAUCGUAAUGGGAAUGAUGAUAGUAAUGAUGGAUUAGAGCAUUUGUCAGACACAAGAUCAUUCAUAUUGCUCUCAGCUUCAGUGAACUCCAUUUCAUCCAUGCCUUCACCAGUAUACCAAUGCUAAAGCCUUCCUCCUAAACAUGGCAGAUUGGCAGUGAAUUGUUCACUGACUCUCCUGAACAUUUUCUGGAUGGAGGUUGAGUUGCCAAUGAAGGUGGAUGCCAUGGAAAGCCCUCGAGGGGGAAUGUCACGGACACUGGAUUUCACAUUGUUUGGAAUCUACUCAACAAAGUAUGAAGAGUUCUUGUUUUGAACAUUGAUCAUCUGCUCAUCCACUUCCUUGGUGCUCAUCUUCCCACGGAACAUCGCAGAAGCAGUGAGGUACCGUCCAUGCCUAGCUAGGGUCGACAGCACACAUCAUGUUCUCAGCAUCCCACAUUUGCUGGGUCAGCUCUGGGACUGUCAAGGCUUGGUAUUGCUGGGAACCAAGUGAGGUCAGGGGAGCAAACCCUACCAUGAAAAAGUGGAGACGAGAGAGAAAGGAAUAACCGAAUAAGGUUCACAGCAAGUUUUCGCAGGUCACUGAUGUACCUAUAGAAGUAAAUAUUUCAGAACUAAAAGAGUUGGAGAAAA